AUGACGGAGAAUGACGUUGAGAACGAACUUUUGGACUACGAGGAGGACGAGGUGGACGGUGAAGUGGUCGGCGACGGGCUCGGGGGCGUCGUCGGGGAGGCGCUGACGCACCGGAAGGAGGGCGUGAAGGGAUCGUACGUCUCCAUCCACUCGUCCGGGUUCAGGGACUUCCUGCUCAAGCCGGAGCUGCUGAGGGCCAUCGUGGACUGCGGGUUCGAGCAUCCGUCAGAGGUGCAGCACGAGUGCAUCCCCCAGGCCAUCCUGGGCAUGGACGUGCUGUGCCAGGCCAAGUCAGGCAUGGGCAAGACGGCCGUGUUCGUGCUGGCCACCCUGCAGCAGCUGGAGCCCGUCACCGGGCAGGUGUCCGUGUUGGUGAUGUGUCACACUCGAGAGCUGGCCUUUCAGAUCAGCAAGGAGUACGAGAGAUUCUCCAAGUACAUGCCCGCCGUCAAGGUGGGCGUGUUCUUCGGAGGCCUGUCCAUUAAGAAGGACGAGGAGGUGCUGAAGAGGGAGAGCCCCCACGUGGUGGUGGGCACGCCGGGGCGGAUCUUAGCCCUGUCCCGAAACAAGACCCUCAACCUGCGGCACAUCAAGCACUUCAUCCUGGAUGAGUGCGACAAGAUGCUGGAGCAGCUCGACAUGCGUCGGGAUGUGCAGGAGAUUUUCCGCAUGACUCCUCACGAGAAGCAGGUGAUGAUGUUCAGUGCCACCCUGAGCAGAGAGAUCCGCCCAGUCUGCCGAAAGUUCAUGCAAGAUCCAAUGGAAAUCUUUGUGGACGAUGAGACUAAACUGACCCUGCACGGCCUCCAGCAGUACUACGUCAAGCUCAAGGACAACGAGAAGAACAGGAAGCUCUUUGAUCUGCUGGACGUGCUGGAGUUCAACCAGGUGGUGAUCUUUGUGAAGUCGGUUCAGCGCUGUGUUGCUCUGGCUCAGCUACUGGUGGAGCAGAACUUUCCCGCCAUCGCCAUCCACAGGGGCAUGCCUCAGGAGGAGAGGCUGGCCCGCUACCAGCAGUUCAAGGACUUUCAGAGGCGCAUUCUAGUGGCCACCAACCUGUUCGGGCGGGGCAUGGACAUCGAGCGAGUGAACAUCGCCUUCAACUACGACAUGCCGGAAGAUUCCGACACCUACUUACACAGGGUGGCUCGAGCAGGGCGUUUCGGUACGAAGGGUUUGGCCGUCACCUUUGUCUCAGACGAGGGUGAUGCACGCACGCUGAACGAUGUUCAGGAUCGAUUCGAGGUCAACAUCAGCGAGCUUCCAGAGGAGAUCGACAUCUCGUCCUACAUUGAACAGACCCGAUAAAGAAGAAGACUGAAGGAUUUAUUUAUUUUUUUUUGGGGGGUUGGGGGCAGGGUGAGGG